GAAUAUGGUCAUUGCCGUGGGUCCAAUGAUGAAGACAGGGUCCGACGAUGUGUGCCGGUAUCUGAAUAAGUAGUCGCAGCAAUCGUGACAUAUGGCAGCCUUUGCUCCCAUCUUUCUCCGAUUUCCUUGUCUGCAGCAGAGAUGAUGAACAGAAUCAGACGACCUUUUCCGAUCUCUCGCCGAGAUACAGAUUCUGUCCAAUUGAAUACUUUAGACCCUCAAAAGACUGCAGAUGACCUUGACAGAAAAGGUGCCGAUGCUGGUGUUGAAGUCGAUCCGACAGACAUUGAGCAUGGCCACCUUCAGGAGAUUGAAGUGGAUGUCGACAAGGUGCUACACGACGGAGAGAUCAAGGACGUCGACGCUGAUACCUCGCCGUAUCCUGAAGUACGUGCUGUGGUCCCGGAGACAGAUGACCCUAGUAUGCCAUUGAACACACUACGUAUGUGGAUUGUAGGUAUCAUCUGGACCAUGCUUGGAUCCGGUGUCAAUCAGUUCUUCUCGCUGCGAUAUCCAGCAGUACAUAUUGUUUCACUCGUAGCCGAGCUUCUUGCUUUCCCAAUGGGAGUUGGACUGGCGCAUAUCCUGCCAAUCUACACCAUGGAUCUUGGACCCCUCGGAAAGUGGAACAUCAACCCAGACCGUCACUUCAACAUCAAGGAACAUGCUCUGAUUACUAUCAUGUCGAAUGUCACGAUUGGCUUUGCUUCGGGCUCUGACGCUUCCAACAUGAUUCAAGCUGCUAAAAAGUUUUAUGACUUUGAUCUUUCUGCUGGCCUCGCCGUCUUGAUGGUCUUGUGUACGCAGUGUCUUGGUUUUGGUGUUGCCGGCCUGGGCUCACGUUGGGUUGUCGAGCCGGCCUCAAUUAUCUGGCCCGGUAUCCUUGGAAACUGCGCUCUGCUCUCGACUCUGCACUCUAAGUCAAACGCCGUUGCCAAUGGCUGGAGAAUCUCUCGUCUUCGAUUCUUCUUCAUUGCCCUUCUGGCUGCGUUCGUCUGGUAUUGGUUCCCAGGUCUUAUCUUCCCAGCGCUCAGCUACUUUACAUGGAUCUGUUGGAUCGUACCAAACAAUGCUGUCGUAAACCAGAUCUUUGGUAUGCAGACUGGACUAGGCAUGUUUCCCCUGACCUUCGACUGGAGUCAGAUAGCCUACAACACCAACCCUCUGUUGAGUCCUCUGAGCGCUGCACUAAAUGUUCUAGCUGGCUUCGUUUUCUUCUUUCUGAUCAUUACACCUGGGCUUUUCUACACCAACAAGUGGUUCACGGGCUACCUCCCAUUGAUGACAGCAGAUGUCUACGACAACACCGGAGCCAGCUACAAUGUGACGAAGAUCAUCAAUCCUCUUACCAAGAGUCUUGAUCCUGAAGCCUACCGCGCAUAUUCACCUCCAUUCUUGAGUGCGACCUUCGCAUUCGUGUAUGGUCUCUCGUUCGCCUCUAUCACUGCUGUUUUGACCCAUACCUAUCUCUGGCAUGGCACUGAAAUUUGGACUGCUCUUCGCGGAACAAGGAAGCUCGAUAUCCACGGACGUCUGAUGAAGGCAUACAAGCCUACACCUUGGUAUUGGUAUGUUAUUGUUCUGGCAGUCUUUACAGCUUUAUCGUGUGUCAUGGUUGAGAUCUACCACACCGAUCUUCCCAUCUAUGGUGUCGCCCUGGCUCUGGUCAUUCCUGCUAUCUACUUUAUUCCUUGUGCUUUAAUUCAAGGUAUCUCGAACGUCGACGCCAAUCAAAUUAACGUUUUGUCCGAGUUCAUCGGUGGAUACAUGUUCGCAGGCAAGCCUCUGGCCAACAUGAUCUUCAAGAUUCUGUCGACCGCCGUAGUCAACCAAGGAAUUUUCUUCGUUCAAGAUAUGAAACUGGGCCACUACCUGAAGCUUGCGCCUCGAACCGUAUUCUUCGCUCAAGGCUUCGCAGCGAUCCUCGGUGCCCUGACCCAAACGGGAGUUACUUUAUGGAUGCUAGGCAAUAUUGACAACAUCUGCAGCUCCGAUCAAGCCUCCUCAUUCACCUGCCCGAACGGCCGCACAGUAUUCAGUUCUUCGGUGAUCUGGGGCUUGAUUGGUCCAGAUCGUCUUUAUAGUAUCGGAAAGAGGUAUUCGUCGCUCUUGCAUUUCUUCUGGAUCGGUGCUAUCACACCGGUCAUUACUUGGUACUUGUACAAAAGGACAGGCAAGAAGAUCUUCAAGGACAUCAAUUGGCCGCUAUUCUUUGUAGGCACUUACAAUGUGCCGCCAGCUACUGGUAUCAACUACACCUCCUGGGCGCUGGUCAACUGGGUGUUCAACGGCUACAUCAAGAAGAACUUCUUUGCUUGGUGGACGAAGUACAACUAUGUUCUCGCCGCUGCCGUCGAUACAGGCACAGCCGUUGCCGGCAUCGUUAUCUUCUUCGCCGUCAGUUAUCCCGGCUACUCUAUGCCAGACUGGUGGGGUACAACGGUGUUCGCGAACACGCUCGAUGCCGUAGGCGUUUCGAACCUACCGCUACCUGCAAGCGGUUUCUUUGGUCCUGCGAAUGGUACUUGGACUUGAGAUGUUGUCUUCCCAAAAGUAGAACAUGAUCCAGAUCGUACGAAACCUUUAACUAGGUCAUAUAGAUGUAUGAAUGAUAUGUAUACUGUCAAGAGCG